AAGGGGGACAGUGUUUUGAGCGCGCCUACUUCCUUAGCAACGUGUAUCUGAACCAGGAAGUACUCUUCCCCUUCGAGCUACAUGGCUAUGGAUAGCGCAUACAGGCCAUGACGCUUGUCAAGCUAUGCAGGGGUGAUGGAAGAUCUAAUCACCUGUGUUGAGGAGCAGCCGCAACCGCCUUCCUCUCUUCCAAACUCAUGGACCAAUCAGCACUCAGACUCAGCUCAGAGGACAGACGAAGAGCCCAAAGCUGUCGGUGGAUUUGUGUUGGUACACGCUGGGGCCGGAUACCAUUCUGAGUCAAAGGCCAAGGAGUACAAACAUGUCUGCAAAAGGGCUUGCCAGAGAGCCGUGGAGAGGCUCCGGGCCGGGGCACUGGCCAUGGAGGCCGUCGCGGCAGCGCUGGUGGAACUGGAGGACUCUCCCUUCACCAACGCCGGGAUGGGCUCCAACCUGAACCUGUCCGGGGAGAUCGAGUGCGACGCCAGCAUCAUGGACGGCAAGUCGCUGCACUACGGCUCCGUGGGCGCCAUACGAGGAAUAAAGAACCCUGUCCUGGUGGCCCACCGCCUGCUGAGCGAGGCCCAGAAAGGGAAGCUAUCGGCAGGCAGAAUCCCACCCUGCUUCCUGGUGGGGAGGGGAGCGCACGACUGGGCCGUUGCUCACGGGAUUCCCCCCUGCCCCGCGGAGAAAAUGGCCACAAAGUUCAGUUUGUCGGCCUACAAGAGGAACAAGCGAAAGAUGGAGAUUGCCGAGAAGAUGGACACACCGGAGAACCCGAUGAAGAGAAGGCGACAGUCCAGUGAGACUGAGAACGGCUCUGAGUGUCUUGACACCGUGGGGGCCAUCGUGGUGGACCAGGAGGGAAACGUGGCUGCAGCCGUCUCCAGCGGCGGGCUGGCUAUGAAACACCCCGGCAGGGUGGGCCAGGCCGCUCAUUACGGAUGUGGCUGCUGGGCCCAGAACAGCUGUAACUCAAACCCUUACUCCACAGCAGUGAGUACCUCAGGCUGCGGGGAGCAUCUGAUCCGCACUAUGCUGGCGCGGGAGUGCUCCGUCGCCCUGCAGGCUGAAGACGCUCACCAGGCCCUGCUGGACGCUAUGCAAAACCAGUUCAUCAGCUCCCCAUUCCUAGCCAGCGAGGACCGUGUGUUGGGCGGGGUGAUUGUGCUCCGAUGCUGCCGCUGCGAGGAAGACCCGCCGUCCCAAGACCUCCAGGCCUCUCUGGUGGAGUUCCUGUGGAGCCACAGCACGGAGAGCAUGUGCGUGGGCUACAUGUCAGCCCAGGACAGCCGGGCCAAGGUGAGUCGUCUCCUCCACCACCACCACCCUAACAAUAACAGACAACACAGCAACACCGGAGUAUACAGUUUCAAGGUUGACGCACCGAGCAUGGCUGACGUUAUCGGCCCCCCCAGCCCCCAUAAGUUUACAAGCGCGACAGUUGGCUCACACCAGCGUCAACACAUGAACACCGGGCGGUGCUAAGAGAAUCAUCACUUUCACAGUUUGCACUGCAUUAUGGGUAAUUAAUCCUCAUUGACAUCAGCCAGUGGCUUGAAUUCGUCUGGGGCGUGUGUUUAAUUAUUUCUUUGCUUCAUAACACAUGAGGCUUGUUUUAUAUUUUUUUGGGGGUCCUUUUAUACUCUUUUAAUGACUUGCAGUUUUGAGUCAUAGUUCCGCCCGAGGCCCUUUUCUGAAGUUUUCUUUUUGUUUUUUCACAUCUCCAGAAAUGUAU